UCCGCCACAGUUCAGUGAGUUUCGGUGUAAGCCUUUGUGAAAGUGCGGGUUUCGGUUUCGAUUAGGAAUUCAGUGCUGCUUUCGUAUCCGAUUUGGUGUUUCCCGACGAGUUUGCAUAAAACAUGGCCGGUAAAGGUGACGGCGAGGGAGAGGGGAAUAUAUUGAAACUCGAGAAUCAAAUUGCCGUUAUUAAAUAUGUAAUGCUCUUUACCAACGUCAUGGGAUGGAUGAUCGGCGCUGUUCUGUUCGCAUUAUGCCUCUGGUUAAGGUUCGAACCAGGGAUACAAGAGUGGUUGGAUAUUUUGAGCGCGGGUAUCUUCUACGUCGGCAUCUAUAUCCUGCUCAUCGCUGCCGCUGUAAUCAUGAUAGUCUCAUUCUUGGGAUGUCUCAGCGCAUUGCAGGAGAACGCGCUGUUCCUGCUGACGUAUAUCGGCACCCAAGUAUUUUGCUUCAUCGCGUUCCUGGCCGGAGCAGCUGUCUUACUAGACAACAGUUCCCGAGAUUCCCGACUUCAACCUCUUAUACGUGAGAGUAUCCGAAAACUGAUCAUGAACUCGCACUAUGAAACAGCUAAGCAGCAACUUUCCAUGAUCCAAGAAGGGAUUGGAUGCUGCGGCGCCGACGGUGCAAACGAUUACUUGUCAUUACAGCAGCCUCUGCCGACGGAAUGCAGAGACACCGUGACUGGAAAUCCGUUUUUCCACGGUUGCGUCGAUGAAUUGACUUGGUUUUUCGAAUCUAAAUGUGCAUGGAUUGCCGGCCUCGCUAUGACUAUUUGUUUCGUUCACGUUGUCAACGUAGUUCUGUCGACGGUGCUUAUUCAAGCGCUUCGGAAAGAGGAAGAGCAAGCAGAUACUUACCGAAAAUAAAGUAUUCAACCAGUGUAGUUUUACGAGAACAAAGUAAUAUUUGCUAGCCAUGCUUUGAAAUUAAUUUAAUUGUCAUGUUGUUUAUUAUGAAUAUUAUAUAAGUAGGCAACCGCCAGUUUAUUGCAAAUCUAUUUUAAGGACUUCGUAGCUUGCCACGCUACUUUUAGUAUGUACAUGACAUAAGGGUAGAAAACAAGCCUGAACUUUGUGCAAAAUUAAAUAGUAAUUGCUGGUAAUUUCAAUACCUUAGCGUGGAAUAAGUUAUCCCAUUUAUACUUGAUUUUUCUAUGUUCUAAAUAAAUAACAAAGUUGUUUC